UUAAGUUACUACUUGUUCCAUACAGUACAAAUACAAAUACAGCCUCAAGCACAAUAUUCAAGCACAAAAGAUGAAAACCAUUGUGGCUUCUUACAACAUCACUCCAAAUCAACCAACUCCAAAGGACCCUUUAUGGCUAUCCGAUAGUGACCAAAUCGGGGUCCUAGGUCAUGUAUCCAUUCUCUACAUUUACAGAUCAGCAAAAGAACACAACAACAACACCGUUGAGAGGAUGAAGAACUCUCUUAGCAAGCUUCUAUCGUACUACUAUCCAGUAGCUGGCAGGUUAAGGUUGUCAAAAAGUGGUCGAAUGGAAUUGGAUUGCAACGCAAAGGGAGUGACAUUGCUUGAAGCCGAAACCACAAACACAUUUGUUGAUUAUGGAGACGACUUUUCACCGUCCGAGUUCACCGAUGAACUCAUUCCAAAACUUGAUGAUACUCAACAACCUAUAGAGGAGAUUCCCCUACUGCUGGUGCAAUUAACAAGGUUCCAUAGUGGUGGUGAUUGUGAAGGCCUUGCCAUUGGAGUUCUUCUAUCUCAUCCUUUGACCGAUGCCACCGGCAUCAUUGACUUCAUGAACAGAUGGGCAAAGCUGUCUCGGGGAGAAGAACUAGACCCUAAUGAAAUCCCGUUUCUUGAUCGAACACUACUCAAAUUCCCAGACAUUUGGUUGGAGAAACCGAGGGAAGUAAAUACUAGAGAGAUUAGUAAACUUGACACCAGUACACUUCAACAUAUUCCAACAUCAAAACUGUUAGAUCAGUGGAAGAAGCCUGUGGUGCCACAAACACCAGAAGAUGAUGGGAUAGAUAAGCCAAAGAAGAGAAGUGGUGCAAUGCUAAAACUCACAUCAAGCCAGGUGGAGAGGCUAAAGAAUAAGGCUAUGGCUAAUAACCAUCAAUCUUCAAAACAAGGGUCAAGACCUAAUUAUAGCAGAUUUGAAGUUGUUGCUGCUCAUAUAUGGAGGUGUGCAUCUAAGGCUCUUGGUGAUGACCUAACUCAAGUUCGGUUCAGUGUUAAUUUUCGCAAUAGAAUGAACCCACCUCUCCCUCAUAACUAUUUUGGCAAUGCUGUGGCAAACGUAGCCACACCUGAGGGAGAUAUCAUAUCAAACCCAUUAGGUUUUGCUGCUCAUAAGAUAAGGGAAGCAUCUCAUGCAGUCACGGACGAGUUUGUAAAGUCACAAUUAAACGUUAGUCGUUUAGGCCAAGUGCAAUUGGAUAACAUAAGGGCUUUCUUCAUGCGACAAGGACACCGUGUGAAUAUCCCUUAUGCUUUGAAUCAUAAUGUUUUGUUCCUCACAAGCUUCACUAACAUGCCAGUGUAUGAAUCAGAUUUUGGUUGGGGAAAGCCAGUGCAUUUUGGCUUAGCAAGUAGAUCUCCAGCAGAUAGGGCUGCAAUUCUUCCAAGCCCAGAUGGAGAUGGUGUUAUUGUAGCCUUAUUUUUUCAGACAGCACUUAUGCAGCUUUUCAAAAAUUACUUUUAUGAGGAUAUGUAUUUAUCCUUGUUAUAGCUCGUAUGGAGCUACCAUAUUCUGUUAGCUAGCUUUAUUUGUUUUUUUGUGUUUUGGGUCUGUUUCCUUGUUUUUAUUAUUUAAGAGUUGAUCAUGUUCAGUUUCCUUUUCAGAACUUUUAAGUAUGUUUGAUCAUGACCUGACAAAAGGAGAUGAUCUUAGUUAUAUUUGGGUAAGGGAAAUGCUUGUUGUUACGUAUUCGUA